GGGAUAUUUUUAUUGACACAUAGUUACGAUAAAUAUGGAAGCUAAUGCUUCUGCCGACGAAUACGAACAUACUAUAGCGGAUGUUAUGUAUAUAAUAAAUAAUAUACCAGGGCCUGGGAUAGAUGUAGCGGACUUUGAAGCGGAAUACGCCGUAGGCUGUUCGUGCGUGGCCGAGUGUUACAAUUGCUUAUGUACACGUGGUUCUGUUAAUUAUUCUAAUUCUCGAAUUGUCGAUGAGAAACUAAUCGGUCCUGUAUUUGAAUGCCAUGCUCGUUGCAAAUGUAGACCGAAUUGCGGAAAUAAAUUAGUACAAAAUGGUCCGUUAAAUUGUUUAAUUGUCAGAGAUGUCGCCGACAAAGGUCUCGGUCUUUUCACGAAUAAGUUAAUAAAGAGAGGCCAAUUUAUUUGCGAAUACGCUGGUGAAGUAAUAGGUCUAGAAGAAGCGCGACGUAGAAUCGAAACUAACAAGCAACAUAACGCAAUGAAUUAUGUUCUUGUGGUAUCAGAACACGCUGACGAUCGUAUUACUGUGACCUGUAUAGAUCCGAAAUAUUUCGGUAAUAUUGGACGCUACGCUAAUCAUAGCUGUGAUCCGAAUUCUAUCCUUAUCCCAGUCAGGGUAGAGGGAAUCGUACCUCGACUAUGCUUGUUUGCAUCUAGAGAUAUAGAAAAUGGGGAGGAAGUGACUUUUGACUAUGCUGGUGGUGCGAUAGCUAAUUCCGUCCAGUGUCUCAGUGAUACUCCCUGUCUUUGUGGUUCUAACAAUUGUUAUCGUUAUUUACCACAUAACCAGAUUUAAGCAUAAUACAAGCAUAAUAAUUAAUAGCAUAAUACAUAUAUAUUCUUGUGUUUUAUAUUGUAAUAGCAAAAAAUUGAAGAUUAUAUAAAAUAAGAUUAUAUGAAGUAUGAAAUUAUUAUCACAAGAAUUUGGUAUAAAUUGAUUGUUAAAGUAAAAAAUGAACUGUAUAGAUACAAAUAAAACUAUAUGUCUUAAAUUAUAUAAUAAGAAUUACAGAAAAUAUCAUGGAUCAAAAUCAUUACAAAUAUUAUUUUAAAUAGUUUUAUGGAAAAUAUCGAAUUUAAAUUUUUAGAUAAAUAUGUUAUAUACAUAUAUAUUUAUAAAAUAGUUUUUUGACAAA